ACAUAAAAGUCGGCGAAGAACGACCAUUUUGGAUCGAGAACGGCUCGUGCUGUAACCGAAGAAAAAUUAGUGAGUGUUCCCGGCUGUAUAUAUAAUUUAUUUUAAAGAGAAACUCUCUGGGUUACGGCAUGGCGAAGGUACCAGCUAUCGGAAUUGACCUGGGCACGACUUACUCCUGCGUCGGAGUGUUCCAGCACGGAAAGGUCGAGAUCAUCGCCAACGACCAGGGGAACCGAACCACACCUAGCUAUGUGGCCUUCACGGACACGGAGCGACUCAUCGGGGAUGCCGCGAAAAAUCAGGUUGCGAUGAACCCGAACAACACAGUCUUCGAUGCUAAACGGCUGAUCGGUCGUCGUUUCGAUGACCCCGCCGUCCAGUCCGACAUGAAGCACUGGCCGUUCGACGUGGUUAGCGAUGGCGGAAAGCCCAAGAUCCAGGUUGAAUAUAAGGGCGAGACGAAAACCUUCUUCCCCGAAGAGAUCUCGUCGAUGGUGCUCACCAAGAUGAAGGAAAUUGCAGAAGCCUAUCUUGGCAAGACCGUCACCAACGCCGUGGUAACUGUUCCGGCCUACUUCAACGACUCGCAGCGCCAGGCAACCAAGGACGCCGGCACAAUCGCUGGUCUCAACGUGCUCCGUAUCAUCAAUGAGCCGACAGCGGCAGCCAUUGCCUACGGCCUGGACAAGAGGGGGACCGGCGAACGGAACGUGCUCAUCUUCGACUUGGGCGGCGGUACCUUCGAUGUGUCUAUUCUGACCAUCGAGGACGGAAUCUUCGAGGUGAAGUCGACGGCCGGUGACACACACUUGGGUGGUGAGGACUUCGACAACCGCAUGGUGAACCACUUCGUGCAAGAGUUCAAGCGCAAGCACAAGAAGGACCUGACCGUGAACAAGAGGGCACUGAGGCGAUUGAGGACUGCCUGCGAGAGGGCCAAGCGUACCCUGUCUUCCAGCACACAGGCUAGCAUCGAGAUUGACUCUCUCUUCGAGGGUGUCGACUUCUACUCGACCAUCACCAGGGCUCGUUUUGAAGAGCUGAAUGCCGACCUGUUCCGUAGUACUCUGGAGCCUGUGGAGAAGGCCUUGCGCGAUGCCAAGUUGGACAAGUCUCAGGUGCACGACAUUGUGCUGGUGGGUGGCUCCACCCGUAUCCCCAAGAUCCAGAAGCUGCUUCAGGACUUCUUCAAUGGCAAGGAGCUGAACAAGUCCAUCAACCCGGACGAGGCUGUAGCCUACGGAGCUGCUGUACAAGCUGCCAUCCUGAUCGGCGAUAAGUCCGAGCAAGUCCAGGACCUCCUGCUGUUAGACGUUACCCCCCUGUCGCUGGGUAUCGAGACUGCCGGCGGAGUGAUGACAGUCCUCAUCAAGCGCAACACAACCAUUCCCACCCGCCAGACGCAGACCUUUACCACCUACUCGGACAACCAGCCUGGAGUGCUCAUCCAGGUGUUUGAGGGUGAGCGGGCGAUGACCAAAGACAACAACCUGCUCGGGAAGUUCGAGCUCACAGGCAUUCCACCGGCGCCCAGGGGUGUCCCUCAAAUCGAGGUGACGUUCGACAUCGAUGCAAACGGCAUCCUGAACGUGUCUGCAGUGGACAAGAGCACCGGCAAGGAGAACAAGAUCACCAUCACGAACGACAAAGGUCGCCUGUCCAAGGAAGAGAUAGAAAGGAUGGUGAAGGAUGCAGAGAAGUACAAGGACGAAGACGACAAGCAGAAGACGAGGAUCACUGCCAAGAAUGCGCUGGAGAGCUACUCGUUCAACAUCAAAUCUACUGUCGAGGAUGAGAAGCUCAAGGACAAGCUGUCGGAGGAUGACCGCAAGAAGAUCCUUGAGAAGGUGGAGGAGACCAUCAAGUGGUUGGACACAAACCAGCUUGCCGACAAAGAGGAGUAUGAGCACCGGCAGAAGGAGCUUGAGCAGGUGUGCAACCCCAUCAUCACCAAGCUGUACCAGGAUGGUGGCAUGCCAGCUGGUGGUUUCCCUGGAGCUGGAGCUCCUGGUGGAGCGGGUGCUGCACCUGGUGCUGGUGCUGGCAGCGGACCAACCAUUGAAGAAGUCGACUGAGCGUUUCAGCUUUGUGUUCGUUUUGGUCUUUUGCUUACCAAGUUAUGUUCAAUAAAAGACCCCUUGGAGCUGCUACCAGCUUUGUAGCUGUUUCCAUGAUGUAAAUAUCUAUUCAGAGCGAAAUAAAAUGGUGACCUUUGAAGUAAA